UAUAUGUAUAUGUACGUGUGAGUCAGCCUGCUUGGGCAAGACGUAUUUUUUUUUUGAGCUGGCAAACUCGGGAUCACCUGAGAGCUCUCACUCACUUGCCAGUAGGUUCUGAACUUGGAUUGGGUGCACAUGCGAAUAAUAAAGCUCAAAAGUUCGAUGCAUUGUGUAAAAAGUGCAUGUGAUAUGUGAGAUCAUUUUAUGGUUGGGUGUCUUUGAAUCGGGAAUUGAAUCCAAGUGGAUUGAAAAGAGGGCUUCACCAUGGGACACACUAAAUCCAAGCACCAGUUUGACAACGAGUCCUUAGGCGGUGAAAGUGUGAAGAGCACAAGCACGUCUGCCUCGUCUUUGAGUCGGAAAGGUCGAAACAGAAGGAAAUGGAGGAAGAAGCAGGGCUAUUCAUUGCCCUCGGGAUUGGAUAAGCCCUUCGUUGGCUCGAGUUCAACGCUCUAUCCACAUGAUUUAGAUGGCAAUGAUGCCGUGUUGGUCUCUUAUCAUGACCAUAAGACCGAGUCUCUCUACUCCCCAGAAUUGACCCCUCGGAAUUUCAGCAAAAAGCCACAACGAGCCAAGAGCAUGGCCAUUCCGACGCAAAGUUGUCCGAUCUAUCCAUCAUAUCAAUCAUCCAAUUCAGUGGAAGACCUGACCUCUCGUGUGACUGAGUCACAUUGGAGGCCUAGUCCUGACCACCGGGACUCUCGUAAUGUCAAACCCUCGUUAAUGUCGACCAAACGGUCUCAUGUCGAUGGAAACUGUCCCAAAACGGAUCCUGUUCUGGCCAAAGUUUUGGAGCGACAGCAGUCCUUCAAGGAGGAAUUGGAAGCCAUGUUGGAGAGAACUCGGAGUAAUCAAGACAAGCUGGCUCCCAAGUUGGAGCAUAUCAAAGUCCAGUCGGCGGUUCAAGAUGUAGAAGCCUUAAAUCAUUCUGACGAUGCCGUGGGUUUGAAUAGAAGCGAACGAUCACGUAACACUACUUUGCCUCCUCCACAUUCAAUGGCGACAACCUCUAAAUGUGACUCAUCCAAACCACCCACACACUCGACGAAUAUUGCCUUUGACGAUGCUAGAAAAGAAGAAACGCACAAAGAAGACUCCUCUAGUCAGAAUAGUCCCCCUCAAUUUGAGCAAAGCAAGAAGGUGUUGGAAUUUGAGGAUGAUAAUCAAGCGAAUGGGCUUGCUUCAACGGAUCCCGCUAACGAGAAAAAUAAGUCCGAGCAUAAUCAGGGAAAUGCCAAGGUAAUGAAGCCAGCAGAACAAGAAGAGGAAGAGCAAAGUCCUGUCUACGCUAAAGUCAUCAGAGAUCACAAAAGUAAAUCCAAAGGCAAAUUGGCACCUGUAGGAACCUUGGAUGUGAUAGAGGUUAAUAGCCAAAUUGGGCCCUCUCCUUGUCACACUGAUUUGAAUGAGUGCCCAAAAAAUGAUAAACUAGGACAAGCUCAUUUGAAAAUCAAGACUAGCGAGAUCCCCUUUCCUCUUUUGGAGGAGCCCGAAAAAGAACUUGCGAUGAAGCAAGACCAUUCGAACAAAACUGAACCAACCAUUAGAUCCGACCUUCAUAUCGAUUCCGAAGCCAAACCUAUAACCCAAGAAGCAACUGCAGUUCAAGAACCAGCCACAGGAAUGCAUGAAAAAAAUGGGGUUCCAUCGAAAGAAAAAAAUGAGCUAAUAGCCGAGGAUGACGAUGAGGGGGGAAAAGAAAACGUAUCCAGCAAAAGUAGUGACGACGAAGAGGAUAGCGAUUACGAAACAGUCGAGGUUUUGCACAAGGAAGGCUCAGAUUCUAAGAGCUUGCAAAUAGUCAAGAGCCAAGGCUCGAAACGGUCAAGCCAGAUUAGCGAUGAAACGAAAGAUAUGCCCAUUGUGCGCUCAGGUGAAGAGGAAAUUGAAUCCUCGGUAAAUGCAGGGGAAGAUGUGAUAGCGGAUUUCGUGCCAUCCGAGACGGCUGCCGUCAAUCAAAAAUUCGAUGAAGACGAAUUCCCAUUAUCUGACUCCAACAUCAAUCGGGACCCCGAUAAAGGAGAGGCAAAGAGCGCUAAUGCGUUGGAUUUGGAUCCACGAAAUUUUCCGUCGCCUUCGCCUCCACGGUUUAAUUUCGGCAACCCUGACUUGGAUCAAGAGGAGCUACUGGUUCUGAGGACCCCAAGUGAGGUCUCCUCGUCGUCAUCAUCAUCCUCGUCCGCUUCCAUCCCUUCCUCCUCACCGUCCCCAAGUAGUAGUACUCAAUCAUUUCUAGCCUUUGAUGAGAUUGAAAUUCAUGGGAAGAAGCUCCGAGCUGAUUCAGGGGAGAAGUUCGAUUAUGAACCGUUUUCAUCGUCCGAGUAUUCAGCCCCAUCUUCCUCCUCUCAGCCAUCAUCGGUUGAAAGUGGCGGCUCGACCACGAGCCCUGAAGAUGCACUUGUUGCAAAGAUGAGUCAAAAGCCAGGAAUGCCUCUCGAGAGGAGUGCAAAAAAUACGCCAUCACCUCCUGUACUGAAGAGAGAAAGUACAUUGGUUGGCAAAGAAAUCGAAGAUGCCAUUGCCAAGGGAAACUAUAGCGCCCAUUCAUCUGCUGGAUUACCCGAGCGAAGCAGAUUUGAUGGAGUUUUGCUAGAGGCCGAGGGCAACUCGAAUUCAAAUCGGUAUCAUGAAGAACUAAAAACGACCAGUUACAAGGACUGGGAGUCCCUAGUGGAAUCUUGCAUUGACUUGCCAGAGGCCGAGGAGGGCUUAGUUGAUGAGCAUUUCCAGCUUUUUAACGCUGACCGUGAUCAACGACACAUGUAUAUGCACCCGAGUCAUCGGGGCACUCGACUGCCACCCGUUGGAUGUAGCUCAGACGACUUGGUCAGCAGCUCGAACACGGACGAAGAAAUCGUUCAGACCAAUAACCAUUGCUAUGAUAGUCUGGAAGAUAUCAUGUCGGGAGAGCGUCGAAGAGCCCGAUCCACUUCUUCAUCCGUGUCCGGACGUCGAACCCUACCCCCAGUUCCGAGCGAUGUGGACCAAAGACAGAGAGCCAUCCAGAUUUUAAGCCUCCAAGCUAUGCUGAGCGACCCAAGUGUGCCAGUUCCUCCGCCAACAGAUCGAAUCUUUUCUCAUCCCACCCCUAAACUCCCCAUACAUUCAUCUUUUCAACCAGAUAGUCUUGACGUCAUGAAUUCUAGUCUGAGCAGAAAUCCAAAGGGGUCAUUUGCAAAUGACCUCGAGCAUUCUUGUAAUCCGAGACCAAUACCGUUCCCGAACCGAAAUGAUCUGAUUAGGGAACCAUUGGCACAAAUGGCAAACCAAGAGCCGGCAAGUGUAGGCCGAAGGCGACAACUCCCAUUGGUGCCGAGCUAUCCAAAUGAUCAUGUUGAUGAAGAGCACAUUGAUCGAGUCCCAGCGCAGACCUCCCCCGAAGUAGAUUCUGGCUUUCCGUCCAUGGACGUGUCCAUAUCAAACAUCGAUGAUCGAUUGAUAUCGCCCUCACACCUACAGGUUAUUGAUUCUCCGCCCACCACUUCGCACACCACAACCCCUUCCCCAUGUGGCAAUGCCUCUCAAGAAGGUGAUGUUGCCUUGAUGUCCAACUUCAUUUGGGUGGAUUUGAAUGAGGACAAACCGGGCAAGAAGGGGAACAGCUCAAAAAAGGCAGAAGUCUGCUCAAAUGCCAACUCACAUGCAUUGCUUAACAAAAGACCGAGUAGAGCGACAGACAGCCAAUCUACUGCCGCCAGGAAGGCACAACAUCGAUUGUCUGCCCCAGAGCCCAACUUGCAGAGACGAAAGACAGAGUCGUCAAUUGAAGUAGUGCGGAAGCGACAAUCCUCGGAUACUCGAGAGACCUCAAGACGAUCUUCUUUGCAGCCUAAUGGGCCUAAAAAUACGAAGGGUCUUUUCCCGGCCAAACGAAGAAACUCCAGUGCAAGUCGCAUCCAUUCAGCUGUGGUCUCCGGGAUCAAUCCAGAGACCAGAAGUGUCACCGUCGAGUGGUUCGAGCAAGGCGAAACAAAGGGAAAAGAGAUCGAGCUAGGGGCCAUUUUGAGCCUAAAUCAGGACCUUCUCGUUCCGAAUGACAGCACAAGCUACAUCCCCAACAAAUUGUCAAAGAACGAGAGAAACUCGUUAGGCCAAACUCGAACUUAUGUUCCCCGGCCGUCAAACGUGGUUGGAGGAGCACAACAACCCCCACCACAGCAAUCCAACAAUAAAACUGCAGGAGGCGCGGGAGUGGGUGGAGGAUCCGGGAUGCGAACCAGGAACAAAGCCACGUCCAGACAAACUCUGGCGGUUUCCUCCGAUCCUCCGAGCUUACAGAAUGGAUCUGAAAACAUUCCUCCUAGGUCGAACUCGGAAAAAUCCGACACGGUCGGCAAAGCCGCCGGAAAUGACCUUGGACUGAUACCCCCCACGGGUGUAGAUCGGAGGCGUUCGAAUGUCGUGAAGGAAAUUGAUCGACUUCAGAAGAACCGCGAAGAGCGCCGAGCACGGCAAGAAGCCCAACGUCAAGCGGCCAAGAAUAUUGAUCCCGGCAAUCCCAACUACGAGUUCCUCAGCAUGAUCCAAGAGUACCAGGAACAACUGGAAUACACGCCCUUAACGGACACCGAUCCGAUUUACGACCAUCAAAUCUCUGUGUGCGUACGUAAACGACCCAUGAGCAAAAAGGAGAACAAUCGACGGGAAAUCGAUGUAGUCACCUGUCCCAACAAGGAUCAGGUCAUUGUUCAUGAGCCCCGAACUAAAGUGGACCUUACCAAAUACCUGGAAAACCAGCUCUUCAGAUACGACUACGCCUUUGACGAGACGUCGACCAACGAACUUGUCUACAAAUACGCGGCCAAGCCUUUGGUUCAGAAUAUUUUUGAAGGUGGCAUGGCCACUUGCUUUGCCUAUGGACAGACUGGGUCUGGCAAGACCCACACCAUGGGUGGUGAGUUCCAUGGAAAAACUCAAGACUCAAAGAACGGAAUCUACGCCUUGGCCACCAAGGACGUAUUCAAAUAUUUGCACUCGCCCAAAUAUCGAGAUCUGAACCUGAGAAUCUCGUGCAGCUACUUCGAAAUUUACAGUGGCAAGGUCUUUGACCUGUUGUCAGGAAAGUCAAAAUUGCGCGUUUUAGAAGAUGGCAAGCAGCAAGUGGUUAUCGUUGGUCUGACUGAGAAGGAGGUGGACAGUGUGGAAGACGUUCUGAAGCUGAUUAAUCACGGCAACAGCAUUCGAACCUCGGGUCAGACCUCUGCCAACGCCCAUUCGUCCCGUUCCCAUGCCGUGUUCCAGAUCAUACUCAGAGUGAACAACAUGAAACGACCCCUCCACGGAAAGUUCUCACUCAUCGAUCUGGCUGGAAACGAGAGGGGAGCAGACACGUCCUCCGCCAAUCGACAAACUCGAAUGGAGGGAGCUGAAAUCAACAAGUCACUUCUGGCAUUAAAAGAGUGUAUUCGUGCUCUGGGCCGCAAAGGCGGACAUCUCCCUUUCAGGGCGAGCAAACUCACUCAAGUGCUCCGAGAUUCGUUUAUCGGAGAGAAAUCAAAAACAUGCAUGAUUGCCAUGGUCUCGCCCAGCAUGGGCUCUUGUGAGCACACCUUAAAUACCUUGCGUUAUGCGGACAGAGUGAAGGAACUGGGCGCUUCGGAUCCGGCCAACAAUGGCAAACCCAACGAGAUCCAAAUGGACGAUGGGAUCUUAAGUCCUGAAGAUUCGGAUCUGGCCCAACUGCGGUCCAUGAACGAGGGCGAAUUGUCGGCCGACUGGUACAACUUCCAGGAGGUGAUUUCCCACUUACAGGGCCUCGAGGAUGAUCUGGUAGAGUCGCAUCGAAAUGUGAUUGAUAGCAUGCAGAAGUGGUAUCAGGAAGACUCCUCGCUACUCGCUUUGACCAAUGAAGUGGACUACGAUCAAGAUGCCUACUGUCAACAACUGGAGGAUAUGAUUGACGAGAAGAUCGAGUCCCUGGCCACACUCCGUCAGAAAGCUAAAGGAUUCCGCGUGAUGCUCAAUGACGAGGAGGCCAAGAGUCGGCUCCUGCAACAAUUGAAGUAGAUCAAUUAAACAAAUGCAUCACGAACAAGUUGGCCCGUACUCACUCCUAUUACUUCUAAUACCACCACUACUACUACUAUCAUCAACAUCAGAUUUCAUCCGUCUUGGGCCAUCAAUGUUGAUGAGUUGGUACAUUUAAAUAAUAACCACCACUCACUUUAUUUCUUUUCUUGACACGUUGUGAGCCCAAUAAUCGAGCAUAGAUUUUGAGGUUGGAAAUGCACUAGAUUCCUUA